AUGAUGCCCUACUACGUCGCGACCCACUACUUGGGCUGGGAGGUUGCUUGCAACAAGCUGCGUGCCGUCUCGGCGACUCCGCUGUUUGCAUUCGACAUGGCGCAGUACAUCACAAACACGACGCUGCACCAAGACUACUGCCUGCAGAGCCGAAACAGCAGUUCGCUCACCCGCCAACAGCUUGCCGAGGUGGCGCGCGGGAUAAAGACGCUUCCAGCCGGAGCGGUGCUGCAUGUGCAGGUGAACCUGUUCCCAUUAUUCAUAAGGAAGCUGCUCCCACUCUUGACUGCCGGCAUUGUUCUUAUUACGGGUCAGUGGCUCAAGCCAGCGAUCGAGGUCCUGCCAAAGGGUGGACAGCUGCCACACGCGUACCAGCUCCGGCUCGGAUUUGUCACUAUCGAGGACGUGGAGCGCGUGCUCAGCUCGAAGCACGUUGUGCGCUGGUACUCUCAGAACGCGCUGGUGGUGCCGUCCGAGUACCACGACAAGUACCGCAUCAUCCCCUACGGAAUCGACUAUUACAAGGCGGAGCAGUACCGCCGGUGCCUUCGCGAGUAUGGCGACGUCCCAAAGGCCGAGGACCUCUUCCUCUCGCCGCUGCGUGCCACCUCGAGGGUGCGCACGAUCCUCCUUAACCUCACCGAGUACCAGGAGGCGCUGCGGCCCUACUUUGUCCGGAGGGGCGUGCACAGGAUCGAAAACUACACCAGCUACUGCCGCCGGCUCGCCGGCUCUCGCUUCGUCGUGUCGCCCAUCGGCGAUCGGCCAGACUGCUUCCGCCACUGGGAGGCGGUGGGACUCGGCGUCGUCCCCGUCUGCAACUGUCCAGAUGCGCUGCGGCCGCUGCUCGCGCAUGGCUCCGACAUGGUGUACGCCUCCGAGGCGGACCUCGAGCAGUACGUGCGCCAACCGUCGCUGCUCAGCUGGCGCUUUCGCAACGCGAGGCCACAGCGGGAGAAGGUCUUUGUCAGCUUCUGGAGGAAGAUUAUUGCGGCGGACAGCGAGAUGAUCCAGAGGAAGACCGAGGGCGAUACGAAACAUCGCAUAGGACUGCACUUCUCCGCCUUGGACUUUGGCACUUCGAUGUGUCACUCUUAUGUUCUGGUGCUGUCGCCGCACGCCUACGGCGAUGACUCGAAGAACCCGAACCACCCAGGGACGCCCGAGGUGUGGGACACGCAUUGGGGACUGAUCCCGUCCGAGGAGGGCACCCCGGUGGUGCUCGGGGAGUGGGGCGGCCUGUGGGACGACACAGGGCCGUGGCAGGAGCGGAUGCAGGAGUACCUCAUCGAUCGCGGCUUGGGGCACUUUUACUGGUCGCUCAACGACAACUCGUUCGACACCGGCGGCCUCUACAACUCGGUAAACCAGCCCAAGUGGGACAUGCUCGCAUCCUCGCUCGCCAGCUCCGUGCCCGGCUUCCAGGCGGCCGCUGCGGCGCUGAGCAAUCAACCACCCUCCCCGCCCUCCCCGUCGCCGUCACCACUGCCGCCGCUGCCGCCGCGGCCGCCGCCGCCCUCGCCCCCUCCUUCUUCGCCGCCGACCCUGGGCACCUUCGCUGACAAGCCGGCCCUGCAGGCCGCGGUCGACCUUUGGUGCAGCGAUGAGGCGGCCGCCCGCGCGACAUACGGCGACAUCUCGGGCUGGGACGUGAGCGCGAUCACCGACAUGCAGUGUCUGUUCAGCGCUUGGUCGUGGUGCAACGGCGGCGGCUCCACCACCGGCAAGGACACGUGCAACCCCGACAUCUCGGCGUGGGACACGUCGGCGGUGAGCGGACCGCUGCAGCCACGGUGGAGCCACGGGUCGGGCGAGGGAAUGGCCUUUUGGCGCGGCGCUGCUCUGUGCCUGCGCGCUCAUGGCGCGUUCAGGGGUGCGCCUGCGGCGGACGCCGACGAGGCGGGGGAGGAGGAGGAGGAGGAGAGCCAGGCCGAAAUCGGCAAGGACUGGACCGAGUACAACUCGGUCGACAAGCAGACGACGUGGACGCGGCCGCCGCCACCGCCGCCGCCUCCGCCGCCGCCUCCGCCGCCGCCUCCGCCGCCGCCUCCGCCGCCGCCACCACCACCCGGGCCGCCACCGCCGAGGGAUGCGCCGCAGGGGCAGCGCCGCAAGAGGGCCAAGCCGGCACCGGCGGCGCCGCUCUAUCGCACUCGCGAUGCAGAGACGGCCCCCUCCGUGUUUGCACAGCCGGGCGGGAGCAUGUUCUCCCCAACCUUUGCGCAGGGCAUGAUGCUGGCCGAGCUCAACGCUUCGCGCGCACGCGAGCAGAGUGAGCGGGAGAGUCAGGCCAGGUUCUUGGGCUUCAUGGGCGUCCCCAAGUGA